UCCCACGCUCCCUUUAACUUUCGCCGCCUUGCGCGUAAACAUCGACUUGGUAUUCGACACAUACCACCUCCAGACCAAACGAAAUCACUGAAAUGGCUGUAGAGGCGGGCGUAGUUGAAAAUGCAGCUGAAGGUUCGGGAUCUUGGGCUUCGAGCUCUGACCAAACGAAGCUCUCCAUAUACCCUACACCCAUACCCGAGCUUAUUCUACUCGACACCCCGUCGGCAUUAGAGAAGCGAAUCGGGAUGGUGCGGCGGGAGAUCACGGGUUAUUAUACCGGCGUCCACUCCAAAGCGCAAGGUAUUAUAGACCGGUGGAUUUCUGUCGAAGAGAAGGUGGAGACUCGCAUAAAAUCUUUCCGUGAUCCUACAGAGCCCUUAAAUCCUGGACUACUCUAUACUGGAAUUUCUGCCCUGACGACGUCUGUCCUCACUCGCUCGCGCGCACUCCCUAUACGUAUCCUUCUUCCUCCCGCAGCCCUAUGUAGCGCAUUCGCAUAUUUCCUUCCGGGUACCGCUUCUCGGGUCGGUGCAUAUGCUGAGGAGCUCGAAGAUCGUUAUGUUCCUCGCUUUGGAGAAAUCAGAAGAACCUCUGUUGCACACAGCGGGAUUGCCUGGGAGCGCGCGAAAGAAGGUGCUACUGCUGGACGAGAGUCGGUUAAUAAAGGUGUGAAGAGCAUUGUGGAGAGCAUUGAACAAGGGACGGGGCUGAACCUAAAAGCUAUGGGAUGGGCACAGGAAGUGAAGAAGGAGGUGCAAAGUGUUGCUAAUGUGGUUCAAAAGGAUACCAAGGCUAUCGAAAGCAAGAGCUCGGGUGGCGACUCAGAAGACUCCAAGAGAUUGGUAUAGAGUGUGAUAGUGUCGUAUGUAUGGACUCUUAUUAUGAUGGUCCCUCACAACCACAAUCAUACUUCGGCACUUACUAUAGACUAACGUUCUGUAACGAUGGGAUAUUUUAUGUGAUCCUCCAUCUCCAGAAAGUGUUAUGAGAUAACCAACGGGACAAUGUACAAGCACAUCCAUCAUUCAUCCCGCAGAAAUAUUGACGGCAAAUAUUAAUCACUGCCGCCUUCCAACUCAUCAUGUAUAAUGAGGUUUGUAC